AUGCACCAUGGCAUGUUAGAGGGGUACCAUGGCAAGUUAGAGGGGCACUAUGGCAAGAUAGAAGUGCACCAAGGCAAGUCGAAGGUGUACCAUGGCAAGUUUGAGGUGUACCAUGGCAAGUUAGAGAUGUACCAUGGCAAGUUAGAGAUGCACCCUGGCAAGUUAAAGAUGCACCAUGGCAAGUUAGAGAUGCACCAUGGCAAGUUAGAUGGGCACCAUGGCAAGUUAGUGGGGCACGAUGGCAAGUUAAAGAUGCACCAUGGUAAGUUGGUGAUGUACCAUGGCAAGUUAAAGAUGCACCAUGGUAAGUUAGAGAUGCACCAUGGCAAGUUAAAGAUGCACCAUGGUAAGUUAGAGAUGCACCAUGGCAAGUUAAAGGGGCACCAUGGCAAGUUAGUGGGGCACGAUGGCAAGUUAAAGAUGCACCAUGGUAAGUUGGAGAUGUACCAUGGCAAGUUAGAGGGGCACCAUGGCAAGUUAGAGAUGCACCAUGGUAAGUUGGAGAUGCAUCAUGGCAAGUUAGAGAUGCACCAUGGCAAGUUGGAGGUGCACCAAGGAAUGUUAGAGGGGCACCCUGGCAAGUUAGAGAUGCACCCUGGCAAGUUAGAGGGGCACCAUGGCAAGUUAGAGAUGCACCCUGGCAAGUUAGAGGGGCACCAUGGCAAGUUAGAGAUGCACCAUGGUAAGUUGGAGAUGCACCAUGGCAAGUUAGAGGGGAACCAUGGCAAGUUAGAGAUGCACCAUGGUAAGUUGGAGAUGCAUCAUGGCAAGUUUGAGAUGCACCAUGGCAAGUUGGAGGUGCACCAAGGAAACGAUAGAGGUGUACCAUGGAAAGUUGGAGAUGCACCAUGGGAAGUUAGAGGGGCACCCUGGCAAGUUAGAGAUGCACCAUGGCAAGUUGGAGAUGCACCAUGGGAAGUUGGAGAUGCACCAUGGUAA